GGUCAACAAAUGCAGAAAAGGGAGAAAAGUUUCGGUAUACAAAUGCUCUCCGUCCAGCCGGACACCAAGCCAAAAGGCUGUGCCGGCUGCAACCGGAAGAUCAAGGACCGCUACCUGCUGAAGGCCCUCGAUAAGUACUGGCACGAGGACUGCCUCAAGUGUGCCUGCUGUGACUGCAGGCUGGGCGAGGUGGGCUCCACGCUCUACACCAAAGCCAACCUCAUCCUGUGCCGGAGAGACUACCUACGGUUAUUCGGUGUAACCGGGAACUGUGCAGCCUGCAGCAAGUUAAUUCCAGCCUUUGAGAUGGUCAUGAGGGCUAAGGAGAAUGUCUACCACCUGGACUGUUUUGCAUGCCAGCUCUGCAAUCAGAGGUUUUGUGUGGGAGACAAGUUUUUCCUGAAGAACAACAUGAUCCUGUGCCAGACAGACUAUGAGGAGGGGCUGAUGAAGGAGGGCUACGCUCCCCAGGUCCGCUGACCCGCAAUGGCCCA